UUUUAUCUAGGUAUGAAAACCAGAUCACUAUUUUGUCAGACUACUUAGAAGAAUUUCCAGAAACUGAUGAGCCCGUGUGGAUUCUAGGAAGGCAGCACCACCUAAACGCAGACAAAUCUAAGUUACUGUUGGAUAUAAGUGCUCGUCUCUGGUUUACGUACAGAAGAAAGUUUUCGCCUAUUGGAGGCACUGGUCCUUCGUCUGAUGCGGGCUGGGGAUGUAUGCUGCGAUGUGGGCAGAUGAUGCUGGCACAAGCACUGAUCUGCAGACAUUUAGGAAGAGAUUGGCAAUGGGAAAAACACAAAAAACAACCAGAAGAAUAUCAUAGAAUCUUACGGUGCUUUCUAGAUAGAAAAGAUUGCUGUUAUUCCAUCCACCAAAUGGCACAGAUGGGUGUUGGAGAGGGGAAAUCAAUUGGCGAAUGGUUUGGACCAAAUACAGUUGCUCAAGUACUGAAGAAGCUUGCUUUAUUUGAUGAAUGGAAUUCAUUAGCAGUUUAUGUAUCUAUGGACAAUACAGUGGUCAUUGAAGACAUCAAGAAAAUGUGCUGGUCCCCUCCCCAGAGCAGCAGCGCGGCCCACAGCAGCGCACAUUUGCACAGAAGUCCUCUUGGCCGGAAUAAGAACGCAGCAGGAUUCUGCACAGGCUGGAAGCCCCUCUUGCUUAUUAUACCUCUACGGCUAGGGAUAAAUCACAUAAAUCCAGUAUAUAUUGAUGCGUUUAAAGAAUGCUUUAAGAUGCCACAGUCUUUGGGAGCAUUAGGAGGGAAACCAAAUAAUGCCUAUUAUUUCAUAGGAUUUUUAGGCAACGAGCUGAUCUAUUUGGACCCUCACACCACUCAAAGUUUUGUAGAUUCGGAAGAAAAUGGCACAGUUGAUGACCAGAGCUUCCACUGCCAGCAAGCCCCACACAGAAUGAAGAUCAUGAAUCUGGACCCUUCAGUAGCUUUAGGCUUCUUUUGCAAAGAAGAAUGUGAUUUUGAUAACUGGUGUAGUCUUGUACAAAAGGAGAUUCUAAAGCAACAGAGUCUACGGAUGUUUGAGCUGGUCCAGAAGCACCCUCCGCACUGGCCUCCCUUCAUACCGCCAGCAAAGCCAGAAGUGACGACCACAGGAGCAG